AUGUCCACGACAACUGGUACAGUACCAACAGUUGGUGCCCCAACUUCUACAACAACAACAUCGACAGCAUCAUCCUCUGGCGUAUCUGGCGAAGGUGUUCAUCAUCAUGUUCAAAGUGCUUCUCAAAUAGCUAAUGUUGCUCAGUUAUUACCAUUGGAAUUAGUUGAUAAAUGCAUUGGUUCUCGUAUCCAUGUCAUUAUGAAAACUGAUAAAGAAAUUGUUGGAAAUUUACUAGGUUUUGAUGAUUAUGUUAAUAUGGUAUUAGACGAUGUGACCGAGUUUGAAACUACACAAGAUGGUGGUAGUCGGAUAACAAAAUUAGAUCAAAUAUUAUUAAAUGGAAAUCAUAUUGCUAUGCUUGUACCAGGUGGAGAAGGACCGAACAUGGGAGGAAAGUUUAUUUGGGAUAUUCUAUCCCUUGUGAAUAGAGCAAUGCACUAUCCACCUUCGUCUCAACAACAAACGCCACCUCAAUCCCAGAAUCAACAACAAAUUUUUGUUGUUUCCCAAACAUCCAAUUUAAACAACAAUUCUAAUACAAAUCAAGUAAAUGCGUCUAAAAUGUCCUAUCUUUACUCGACAACUACGAAUCAGCAACAAAAUACGCCAACAAAUAUUCUACAUCAAACUCAAGGAACUGUAAUAACGACAAAUGGAACAACAAUGAUUACAAAUCUUCAUCAACAGCAACCGUCGUAUCAGCAAUUCCAGCCAUCACAGCAGCAACAACAGUUUAUAGCCAAUAGAUCAUCACCUUCGACAACAUCAAUGCCAUUAUCGCAAACAAUCAAUCAAAACUUACAACAGAGAACAAUCACGGUUCCGAAUAACACAUCACAGAUUUCGAAUCAACCGCAACCAUCAUCACAACAGCAGUACAUGUCAGCGCCAACUAUACCUGUUCGUCAAACAUUUACAACCGUCACUACUCCUAUUUCAUCCUCGGUACAAAGUUUUUCAGUGUCAGAUCAUUCAAAUUCAGUGCUCAACAACAAUAUUUUGACAACCUCUUCAUCGAUCGCUUCUAUUUCUUCACCAUCACUCCUCGCACCUAAUAAUCAGGUUCGCACACAAACACCAUCGACUAUAAGACCACAAGUUCCACAUACAGCAGCCACUUCUUCUAUACUGCCACAACAACAACCUCUCACAACAACUACAGCAAUUCCAUCUUCUCCUCUUACUCCUCGUCCUGAACAGUUUCAACAGUUAAUAAAAUUUUGUCGACAAUUUAAUCUAAAAGACACAGAAGAAACAUUAACUAAAGAAUAUCAACAAAUUCUAGAUUCGCAGAAACCAUCAGAUAUGAAAACGACAUCAACAGUCACAUCAUUGAAAUUUGAUUCAGAACAAUAUUUUCAAACGUACGAUGCCUAUUUGAAUUAUAUCCAGGAACAAAAUGAAUCAAAUCGACAUGAAUUUUCACAAUUACUCUAUCCAUUAUUUGUACACAUGUAUUUAGAAUUGAUUGAAAAUGAUAAAUUACAUGAAGCGCAGCGUUUUUUUCAUUAUUAUACAAAAACUAAACCUAUAUUACAACAGAAAAUAUUUGUUACACAUGAAGAUGAUUUAUAUAAAAUCAAAUCUCUCUUAUCUAAACAACAAAUCGAACAAAGUGAUUUUGUUAAAUCAUUUCGAUCAAAUGGUCGUUAUUGGAUUAAAUUGUGUGAUUCGAGUUUAAAAACGUUGGAUCAACUAUUAAUUAAACAGCAAAAGUAUCCAUUGUUAACACGUCUCAUACAACAAUAUAUGCAAUUGGAGAUAAGUGAUGGACAAGCUAGAAAUGUUGAAAUUCAACAGUUAUUAAGUGGAGGAAGAUUAGGAGAGAUAAAAACGGAUGAUAAUCAAAAUAAAAUGUACUAUGGACUUUUGAAAGAACAUGAUUUAACUCGAAUUCAGUAUCACAAAACAUUACUGGCGCCACCGACACAAACCACAGCAAAUGGUACGGGUGGCGAUGAAGAGCAACAGCAAGACGAGCAACAACCACAGCAAAAACCAACCAUUACAAAUCGUAAAAAACUAAAACGUGAUAUAUUUUCACAACGUCCAACUAAAUCGUCUCAACGUGUCGAUCCAAAUUCACCACUGUUAACUCGAGUGCCAAUUCCAGAAUUACGUGAACACGAACGAAUAGAUCUAUUGAAUAUGUACAAUGAAGACUAUACAAGGAUAUUGAAAGUAACAGAAGAAAAUCUACCAUCAUGUUGUUAUUACACACUAUUAAAUGGUUAUUUAGAAAUCAAUUAUUUAGAAUUAUCUGAUGAUUCUACGUUGUUAGCAGUUGGUUGUAAAAAUUCGACAAUUUUAAUUUAUUCGUUGAAUCGUCGAAAAUUAAUCACAAUGAAAUUGUCCAAUGGUUUAGAUACAUUGGAUAAGUCAAAUGAACAUGUCUACGAACAAAUGAUGAUGGAAGAAAAUGACGAAGAGGUACCAUCUAGUGAGAUGGAAACAGAUAAAGAUAACGAUGUUUAUAGUCAACGUCUAUUAUGUGGUCAUACCGGUCCUAUUUAUGGUUUAUCAAUGUCGAGAGAUAAAUGGUUUCUACUAUCAUGUUCUGAAGAUUGUACGAUUCGUUUAUGGUCCCUCUUAACUUUUACAUGCUUAGUUGUCUAUCGUGGACAUAUGCAACCUGUAUUUGAUAUUCAGUUUGGACCAUUUGGUCAUUAUUUUGCAUCAUGUUCAUUAGAUAAAACUGUUCGUCUAUGGUGCAUGGAUCAUUCACAAACAUUGAGAAUAUAUACGGAUACAAUAAAUGAUAUUGAAACAGUUUGUUUUCAUCCAAAUUCAAAUUAUCUAGCUACAUCAUCAUCGGAUAGACUUAUUAAAAUAUGGGAUCUACUUGAAACAAAAGAUGGUAAUGCAAAUAAACCUAUUCGUCAAAUGUCUGGUCAUAAAUUACCGAUAUGUAUUAAACGAUUUACAAAAGAUGGAAAAUAUUUAAUAUCGUGCGGAUAUGAUAGACAUAUAAUGAUUUGGGAUAUGGCUAAUGGAGCAUUAUUAACAUCGUUUAUAGGACAUAAUGAUGCUAUAUUUUCCAUGGAUUAUUCUCGUGAUGGUAAUAUUCUUGUUACCGGUAGUUUAGAUUUUACAAUUAAACUAUGGAAUUUAGGAAAAUUAAUUAAAGAUGCUCAAGAUCAAAAAUUAGAGACGUUAAAUAAGAUAACACCAAAUCAUAAAUAUGAAAUGGUUUGUUAUAGAACAAAACGUACAUCGACAAUCCUUUUACAUUUUACUAGACGAAAUUUAUUAAUGGGAGUAGGCGUUUUCAUACCAUUACCACCCACAGCUUUGUCUGAAAUAUCAUCAUCUACACAACAGCAACAAGAGUCAUCAUCUACAUCUCAGAUAAAUACAUCAACAACAACAACCACAACAACAACAAUAACAACAACAACGACGGCGACAACAACAAUAAGUAAAAUAAAGGAAGAAAAAUAA